AUUUGCUGUAACCCGGCUUCGCUUACCACCGUGAUAACCCCCGACGGCGAUUUUUGGUUGUUUUGAUAAUUUAAGGUCAAAGUCAAGGCCCUUCAAUUAUAUUAAAUAAAAACCUUUCCAGUCACACGAUUGUCGCUGCAUCUAUGCGAUUUGUGAAUGCUUCCCAAUGUAAAUAAUCUAUGAGGAUUUUCGAAACAGGAAUCCGCUUGAUAAAGCAGCAUGGACCAAACCUUUUCCUGUGGGGACUACUGAAUCAAAAUAUUCUGAUCUUGGGCGACACAAAACAAGUCGAGAAAGUCCUGUUAGCAAAACAAACGCAAAAAUCGGUUCUCUACAGUUUUCUGAACAGCUGGCUACGCACCGGCCUUUUGCUGGCCAGUGGGGAAAAAUGGUUCCAACGGCGACGCAUCAUAACCCCGACGUUCCAUUUCAAAAUUUUGGAACAGUUCGUGUCGGUUUUCAAUCGGGAGGCAGAUACCAUGGUGAAUUUGAUGAGGAAGCAUGCGGGCGGGAAGGAGUUUGAUGUGUACUCGUAUGUGACACUGAUGGCUUUGGAUAGUGUUUGCGAGACCUCAAUGGGAACAACAGUCAAUGCUCAGAAUGACCCCGACAAUAGAUAUGUGCAAAAUGUCAAAAGAAUGUCCGUCCUCUUUUUGAUGCAAGUUGUCAGUCCACUAGGAGCACACCCAAAAGUAUAUUCCGUCGUACACCCUAAUGCCUAUGAACAACGAAGCCUCGUCCAAGAACUGCAUGAAUUCACCGACAAUGUUAUAGUGAAUCGGAGGCGACAGCUUGAAUCUGAACCUAAGCUGGAUAUCAAUCAAAAUGAGGAAGGAUUGUACACCAAGGAAAAGAUGACAUUUUUAGAUCUGUUGUUGAACGUCACAGUUGAUGGAAAACCGCUGAGCGAUGUGGAUAUCCGCGAAGAAGUAGACACAUUCAUGUUUGAGGGUCACGAUACCACAACUAGUGGUAUAUCCUUCACCAUCUAUCAGUUGGCGCUGAAUCCCCAUGUUCAAGACAAAAUAUACGAUGAGAUCGUGGCAAUUCUAGGAAAAAAUCCCAAAUCAGUUGAACUGACAUACCAGUCCCUUCAAGAGUUCAAAUACUUGGAGAUGGCGAUUAAAGAAGCUCUUCGUCUGUUCCCAUCAGUUCCUUUCAUUGGACGCAAUCUUGUCGAGGCUCUGGAACUUGAUGGAAUCACGCUUCCGGUCGGGCAAGAUAUCCUGAUCCCAAUCUACAUGAUCCACCGCAAUCCGAAGGUGUAUCCCGAUCCGGAACGAUUCGAUCCGGAGCGCUUUUCUGACAGUGCGGAAUCCAAGCGAGGUCCAUAUGACUACAUCCCGUUCAGUGCCGGCUCGCGGAACUGCAUUGGUCAACGGUUCGCCAUGUUGGAGAUGAAAACUGCCCUGAUCAAAUUGAUUGGCAGCUAUCGAGUGCUGCCGGGUGAAUCGAUGAAGGAACUGCGCAUCAAGACGGAUUUGGUUUUACGGCCCAAUGCGGGUGUUCCGAUUCGCUUGGUAGAACGGGUCUAGGGUUACUAAUAUUCUGACUAAAAGCUAUAUCACGUGAUAUUUUUAAGAAACAACUUACAUAUUAUUUAAAAAAAAAUAGAUUGAUCGUUUUGACUUUUUCGUAGUGAUAUAGCUCGUAGUCUAAAUAUGUUAUAAGGCAGUGAUAGGUAUUAGGGUGUAUUAACAAAAUACGAAAUAAAGAAGACAUUACAUAUUACUAGGCGUGGAACAAAUAAAAUAAAGAUGAAAUACGCAUCAAAUGAUAUUAAGGUAUCGGCAGGUAUUACCGUCAGGCUAUUGCACUUCGGCACAUAUGGUCGGGAUUCAGCCAAACCGCACCAAGCGGCUUUUCGACUGACUUGUGAUAUUUUGUUCGUACAAGGACAACGGAAAUAGUUUCAUAUCAAUGUAAGCAUACAUUUGCAGUAGGAUAUCCUCAGUUAUGGGGUUGAGGGAUAUUCGAUGCGAUUUGCGAUCAAUUAAAUCUGUUAUACGAAAGUUUGAGUAUAAAAAUCGGUAAUUUUUCUAUGGCGCUUGGUGUGAUUUGGCUGAACCCCGACCACAUGUACAUUAAAGCCGCAAUAGCAUCCUUUAGUACAACUGGCCCUGAAUUGAACUUAACUUAUACCAAAGCGCUUGUGACGUGUUUUGAUAUCUACCAAACGCAGCGCAGCUCUCACAGAACGGCAUGCCGAUUCGAUCACAUGGAGGAUGAUUAGCUUGUAGGCAGCAAACUUAUUUCUAGGAACAAGGACGACCGACGGUUGAUCAAAGGGUACAGUAGUUACAACAAAACGAUACACUUCAUCACCGUCUUCAAAACUAGUUGACGAAAAUUAUAUCAAUAUGUGUUACAAAUAACAAUAUCUGCAAUAAUUUUGUUAUAACUUAUCUGUCUUAGAUGAAGAAAAAAUUAUGAUCGUCAUAACAAAAUUAUAACAAAAUGUGAUAAAAUCAAUACGAUCAGCAAUAUUUGUAACACAACCAGUGAUAGCUUUGUUUCUUUUCAAUACCUAACAAAAUUUGUAACAAUUUUAGCUAUUUUCACUACUUUAAAUGCAACACACAGACCUGUGGUUGUGGGGAGUCGCGGUUAGUCGCUUUUCCGGGAUGAUUUUCUUGUUCAAGACACUACA